CCGCACAACGAGCGCUUGCACCACCUCCUACUUAGAUCUGGAAUUCGUCUGCUUUCCGAGUCGCAGCCGCAAACAUUCUGUCUCAACUUCAGCUCCACUACGCUCUGACCGGGACACGUCCCUUCACUCAUCUAACCAGGUAUAGCAGGUGCCUCAUCCCUCUACAAAGACAGUCUCUGCGUGUCGCAAAGCAGAUCACGACUCGGAGUAUGGAGACUCGUUCUCAGCCCGCCACUGUGACGCCACAACGCACGGAAACUGACUCUGCCAACAUCACUUCGACAAAAGAGGAGGCAGAGUCGGUCGCAACGCAGAAGGGCCCGGUCCCUACUCUCGACGCGGCCGUGAAGGAUGCCAUCUUCGAUACCAUUCACAUUGAUCCAGAGGACUCGCAGCUCAUCGAGGAUCUCUUUCGCAUCUCGAAGAAGAGCCCGAAGCUUGUGCGGUCAACGGCGUACACCGCACCCGCAGACUCAAGCAUCGUGCUUCGGAGUUGGAAGAUGAACGAGUUCAAGUACUACGACGUGCCUUCUCCGUUCCCGACGCUUGCAAGAGGUCUAUUCACCCAAGAAAUCAAGAAAGGCGAUCAAAUGAAGCACCGAAUUGUGGCCCGUGGUUAUGACAAAUUCUUCAAUAUCGGCGAAGUGCCAUGGACGCAUUGGGCAUCCCUUGAGAGUCAUACCGGGCCUCCGUAUACACUUACUCUCAAGUCGAACGGUUGCAUCAUCUUCAUAGCGGCUCUGACGCCCACGAAACUCGUAGUCACGUCUAAGCAUGCUCUCGGACCCUCCAAUGCCUCCGGAGAGAGUCAUGCCCAGGUCGGCGAACGUUGGUUGCGGCAGCACCUCGCCGACUCAGGCAAAACAGAAGAGCAGCUCGCGAAGAAACUUUGGGACAAGAACUGGACAGCCAUCGCUGAGCUCUGUGACGACUCUUUCGAAGAGCACGUCCUUCCGUACGGCCCUGAUCAGAGUGGCCUGCAUCUACACGGCCUCAACGAAUGCCGGAAACACUUCCAGACGACGGACCAGACCGUCGUCGACGCCUUCGCGCGCGAAUGGGGGUUCAUCGUGACCAAGUCCACUGUGCUUCACUCCAUCCCGGAAGUAAAAUCCUUCACUGAGGAGAUCGGGCGCAGCGGCAAGUGGAACGGUGAGCCACUCGAGGGCUUCGUCGUGCGCACGCGCGUCGUGAACCCACCGACGAAGGGCGGCAAGCCCGCGAGCAUGUCACCAUAUGAGCCCGGCUCGUCCUUCUUCUUCAAGGUCAAGUUUGACGAGCCGUACAUGAUGUACCGCGACUGGCGCGAGGUCACGAAGAGCCUUCUGUCGAAGGGCCCGGUGCUCACGAACGUGCCGAAGGGCAAGCUCCGGCGGCCGGAGACGAAGGUGUAUGUCGACUGGGUCAUCAAUGAGAUCAAGCGCGAUAAGAGCCAGUUCAAUACGUACACGCAGGGGAAGGGCAUCAUCGCCACCCGGGAACGGUUCUUGAAGUGGCUGGAGAGCAACGAGGGCCGGUCGGCGGAGAAGAAGGUGGAGGAGAAGCAGGACGUCGCUGGUACGAGCGGCGAAAGUGGCAAGCAAUUCGGGAAGACGAUCAUCGUCCCUGUGGCUGUCCCGGGCGUGGGCAAGACGAGCGUUGCAGUCGCACUCAGCCACCUAUUUGGCUUCGGCCAUAUCCAGAGUGACGACAUCAAGGCGAAGAAGGCCGCGCCUGUCUUCAUCAGAAAUGUCGUGGACCUACUGAAGACACACGACGUCGUAAUCGCGGACAAAAACAACCACCUAGCCCAGCAUCGCCAACAGCUGCGCAAUGCGACGGCGAACAUGAAGCCGCCCGUCAGGCUGAUGGCGCUCAACUGGUCGUUUGACGUCCCGCUGAGCACGAUCCACCGCGUGUGCGCGGACCGGAUCGCAGAGCGGGGCGAGAACCACCAGAGCCUUGUCGCGGGCGCCCACGAGGACGUCGUCUGGCAAUUCCUGAAGAACGCGGAGGAGUUGUCCGACGACGAGGUCGACGUGUCCGUCGAAAUGGGGUGGGAGGAGAGCCUUGAGGAUGGGCUCGCCCGCGCGGUCGACGCGUGCGUGCGCAUCUUGGGCGUGCAGAAGCCGGACCAGGAGAAGUUCGGCGAGGCACUCGCGGUCGCAAGGGGCUACAGGCCGAAGGCGACGGCCAAGAAGCCUGCGGCGAGCGAACAGGGGAAGAAAAAAGAGAAGAAGGAACCGCCGCCAAGGUACUACGGCGUCCUCGCCGAGGUAGACCUGGAGAGCGUGCUGAAGAAGCGGUUCAGCGCAGAGGACGUCUCGCAGUCCGGCAAGGCGUUCUGGGAGAGGCUGGUGAAGGACAAGCGGGUGACACCCCGCCCGCAUGUCACGAUCGUGCACUCGAAGUCGCUGCCGGAGCAGACCGCACUAUGGGAGCUGUGUAGGGGCUUGCAAGGGCCUGCGUCGCACCCGCCGCUGUUCAGCUUCCGGCUGGGCCACGUCGUGUGGAACGACCGGAUCAUGGCGGCGACAGUUGUCGACUUUGCAGUGUCUCUCGACGAUGUCGACGGGGAGGCGCAGAAGAAGGGUCUCGACUUUGUGCUGAAGCUGCCUGCGGAAUUGAGGGACAGGCUGCAUAUCACGGUGGGGACCCGGGACAAAGCUGUAGCUCCUGUGGAGGCGAGAGACCUCAUCUGGGAGUGGAGGCAGAAGGGUAGUGCGGCGGUUCCGGGCGUGGGCUCUGUUGUGCUCAAGGACGCAUGGGUGAAGGGAAGGGUAAAGGGUCUGGUCAAUUAAACCCCCGUGUACGCCGAAUUCAUAUUUGGGGAGUCCUGGAUUUCGCUUGCUAGCAUCUAGAACGCAUCGCAAACACCACUCAAUAAUCAUUAUGUCUGUACAAACUCCCACAGCUCCUCGUAUCAUGCAAUCAACACAGUGUAGUAUCACAGCAGAUGUCGCCCUAAUUUAACUACCGUCCCAAAUUACUUCCAGCGAGAUCUCCAGCUGGCUGUGACUGGACCAUCGAGCGCCUUGUGCGCUCCGCGGAAUUAUCUCCUUCCACGUAGUCUCUACCCAUACGUCUUGUUCAGCUCUUUGGAAGCCGGUUGCUGCCGCCUUGAUGG